AUGAAGCAACCACCAGGCUACGAGGAUCCUACACAUCCGGGGCAUGUCUGUCAUCUUCAGCGUUCGUUGUAUGGGCUCAAGCAAGCGCCUCGUGCCUGGUUCAAACGGCUUCAAGAGUUCUUAUUAUCUACCGGGUUUCAAGGGUCGAAGACUGAUGUCUCUCUUUUUCACUAUACGGCUGGUGACUCGAGGGUUUACUUAUUGGUUUACGUUGAUGAUAUCGUCAUGAUGGACAGUGACAAGGCCUUAAUAGACUCAUUACUUCACCAUCUUGCGUCCACGUUUAAGAUCAGGGACCUCGGCACUCCGGGCUUCUUUUUGGGUAUCGAAACUUUGUUUGACACAGACGGGCUUAUUUUGUCACAGCGUCGAUAUAUGAAGGACAUCUUGACUCGGGCUGGCAUGGCAGAAUGCAAACCCUUGGCCACACCAGCGGUAGUCACUCAGCCAGCUACACCGACACUCGAGCCAUUUGAGAACCCUACACAGUACCGUCGCAUAGUCGGGGCUCUUCAGUAUUUGACUAUCACUAGGCCUGAUCUAUCAUAUUCUGUCAACAGGUUGUGUCAGUUUAUGCACUCACCUACCGAGGAUAAUUGGGCCUCACUGAAGCGGGUUCUCCGGUAUGUCAAGGGCACUCAGGACUACGAGCUACGAAUCACGCCUUCGUCAUCCACUGAACUACAUGCUUUUUCAUAUUCGGACUGGGCCAGCUGUCCGAUUGAUCAGAAAUCCACUAGCGGGUAUGCAGUUUUUUUGGGGGGUAAUUUAGUAUCAUGGUUAUCUCGCAAGCAGCGCACGGUCGCCAGGUCUUCCACAGAGGUCGAGUAUAAAGGACUUGCUGAUGUCUUCGCAGAGGUCACUUGGAUUGUCUCGUUACUUCAGGAGUUAGGGUUGUUCUCCGGUAAACCGGCUUCUCUCUGGUGUGACAAUCUCGGGGCCACGUACCUAGCAGCAAAUCUAGUUUUUCAUGCUCGCACGAAACAUGUGGAAAUCGAUUAUCACUUUGUCCGGGACAAGGUCGCAUUCGGGGACUUCAUUGUUAGUUUUGUCUCUACAAAGGAGCAGCUGGCUAUCUUCACCAAACCUCUUCCUGCGGCGCGUUUUCAGAAUCUUCGAGAUUAG